CACUGCAUUGGCGCAGCUGAUCUGCUUCAGGUUGACGCUGCAAUCUGCCGCUUUUUUUUUUCAUUCCACUCUUCGCCCUCGCACAUGGACGCCCUCCCCUCACAUCAUUCCUCGUGUUAUCGCCUCUUUCUCUCUCUCUCACUCUUUCUCUCUCUGGCCCUUUCUUGCCUUUUAUCUUUUGGUUUUUCAUCCCUUUGUUGAUCUGCCCCCAACCAAUUCCAUAAAACUCACUUUUUGUUUUUGUUUUUGUUUUUGUGAUGAAUUGCGAUUCGCUUGCUUCCCCACACAGGCCAACUACGACUUUAGCGCCAACGCCCAGAAAUGGGAAAAGUUGUUCAUCCAGGCCAUCCGGAGCGUCGGCCACCAGGUGCAUCCGGGACUGACGAUUGAGGAGGAGACGCUGGUCUAUGUGGACUCGCUGCUCUACCAAGUGCUGUCCUUCCUGUGCACACCGGCCCCGCGCAAGAUCCAGGACGUCGAGGACCGCGUCAAGGCAAACUUCCCCGAAGACCUGACCCAGUGGGCCGUCCGCGAAGCCCAGGAUGCCCUCCGCAAGUACAAGGACAACAAGAAGAAGAGCGCCCAAAUCCUGUCCUUCCCCGUCGAAAAGGUCUACCAGAAGCUCUUGAAGGAAAUUAGCGCAACGGUAAAUAUCAAGGCCGAGUACGAAGUGUCUGUCUACAUUAACGCGGUGCUCGAGUACGUGUCCGCCGACGUGCUCAAGCUCGCCGGUAACUACACGGACAACUGCAAGCGCACCAGCAUUACGCCCAAGGACGUGAACGUGGCCAUCUCGGCCGACCGCGUCCUCGACCAGCUCUUCAAGUUCAAGUCGGACAAGCCCGUGCCCAAGAAGGUUGUCCACUCAAAGGAGGAGGCUGUGCGCGACAUGCUUGCCGUCGAGACCAAGUACAUGCGCGAUGUGGACAUGGUGGUCAAGAUUUUCCUCGAGCUCUUUGAGAGCGCCAAAGACUCGGAUCCCUCGCUCUUCACCGAGCGCAACAUUGUCUACAUUUUCUGCAACAUUCGCGAAAUCCACGAUUUCGAGCGCGAGUUUGUGUACGCCCUCGAGGAGGCGCGAGAAUUCAACCCCAAGAAGCCGCUGGUUGGCGCCAUUUUUGAAGACAUGGCACUUGAAGAAAAGUUUGAAGUCUACAGCGAGUAUGCCGCCAACUUUGAGAAUUCUCGUCGCGAGCUUGAGGCCAUUCUGCGCGAUCCCCGUGUGAUUGCCUUCCUUGAGGCCCGCAAAAUGAAAGAGGCAGUCAUGUAUGUGCUGCCCAAGCUACUAUUCGAGCCCUUGUACCAGGUCUUCCAUUAUUUCGACUUGUUGAAGAUUCUGCUCAAGUGCACGGAGACGUCGGAUCCCGACCACAACUCAAUUCGCCAGGCACAAAUCUCGCUCAUGAACCUCGAGGACGAGCUGAAGCGCACUUGCAAGGACUUUUUGGUCAAGCGUAACAACACGUACCUGAAGCACGGCAAAAACUCGGCUGUGAGCGAGGGUAUCUUCAAGGACAUUCAAAUGAAGAUUGAGAACUGGGAGGGCUCUGAUCUUGCCAUCCAGUGCUCUGAUCUGUACAAGGAAGGCCUGGUGCAGUCCAAGGACGCCGCUGGCUCCAAGAUGCUCACCACUUCCAAGGAGCGCUACCUGAUUGUGUUUGACAACUUGAUUCUGCUGUGCAAGCCGCGCGGUCAGCCCUCUGCCAACUGCGACUUCCACGUCAAGGAGCGCAUCAAGACCUCGUCGCUGACUGUGCGCGAGAUCCAAGACACGGAUGACAUGAAGUUUGCGAUCGAGAUCACCACGUCGGACGGCAAGCGCUACCCGUUCGGCUGCAAGAGCCCGAUUGAGAAGGCCGAGUGGCUCGAGGCCCUUCACACGCUCGCCGUGCGCCCCACGCUCGAAAAGACGCUGGACAAGAAGAUUGCCGAAGCCGAGGCGUCCGACGGCCCGCUGCUCGAGCUGCUCAACCCUGGCCAGUACGUGUUUGCCCAACAAGACUCCGUGUCCAACAUUCUGCACGAGACGGAAGAGGGCCAGACCAACGGCCCGCCCGUCAUCAAGGGUGGCAGCAUUUACAAGCUCGUCGAGCGAUUGACGUACCCUUCGUACGCCGAUCCCAACUAUCUGACGCAAUUCCUCAUCACCUAUCGCUCGUUCUGCACCCCGACCGAUCUGCUGAACCUCCUCAUUGAGCGUUACAACGUGCCCGAGCCCGUCAACGUGCCACAAGAGCAGCUGCUUCGUUUCCGCAAAAACUACAUCACCCCGGUUCGCCUGCGUGUCUUUAACGUCUUCCGUCAAUGGGUUGACAAGCACUACUACGAUUUCGAGAACAACACCGACCUUCUCAAGCGCUUCCUCGAGUUUAUCAAGGACUCGAUGAGCGGCGACAAGAAGAUGGACAAGGCCGUCAAGUCCUUGACGCGCGCCGUGCGCCAGCGCCGUGAAACAAUCGAGAAUGCAAAGACAAUCAUCUUCUCAGACCCGCCGCCGCCGACCGAGAAGGGCUCUGCCGCGUUGGACAAGAUUGAGGACUUUGAUGUUCUCUCGCUCUCUCCGAUCGAAAUUGCCCGCCAGCUCACGCUCAUCGAGAGCGACAUUUACCGCACCAUCAAGCCCUCCGAGCUUGUUGGCCAGCCAUGGGUGAAGAGCGACAAGGAGGAGCGCUCUCCCAACGUGCUCAAGAUGAUCCAUCGCUUCAACGCGGUUUCGCGCUGGGUGGCUACCUGCGUCGUUGAUACCGAGAGCCUGAAGGAGCGUGUCGAUGUCAUUAUCAACUUCCUCGAGGUCCUCGCCGAAUGUGAACGUCUCAACAACUUUAACGGCAUGAUGGAGAUUCUCUCUGGUCUGCAAGCCACGUCCGUGUACCGUCUCAAGUUCACCUGGGCUGAAGUCCCAGCGAAGAAGCGCGCCAUUUUGGACGACGCCGCCAGCCUUCUCUCGCGUGACGGCAACUUUAAAAAGCUGCGCGAGCGUCUGCACACGGUCAACCCGCCCUGCAUUCCAUUCUUUGGCAUGUACCUCACCGAUCUCACCUUCAUUGAGGAUGGCACCACCGACUAUCUGCCCACUGCGAACGACGCAAUCAAGCUGAUCAACUUUACCAAGAGAAGGCGCGUCGCGUCGGUCAUUGCCGAAAUUGCGCUGCACCAGAACUUGCCAUACAACCUGGCGGUUGUGCAGCUGUUGCAAGACUUUUGCUACCAUGCCGUGUUUAUUGAGGAAGAGGAGGGCUUUGCCAAGUCGCUCGAAAUUGAGCCACGCAACGCCGAAAAGGCACCCGACGCUCCUUCAGGCAAGCCGACCCGCCUGCGGCGCUCGGCCUCGACUGCCUCGAUGGCCAAGGACGGCAGGAUGCAGCGCGCUAGCUCGCAACAGGACUUGAACGGAUUCGACAGCAAGCGCCUGUCCCAAACCGGCGGCACGAUCGGCAAGCGCACGGGGCGUGCCAACAGCGGCCAAACCGUCCUGGAAGACGAAGAGGAGGCCCCAGCCCCCGCUCCCGCUCUGCCGCCAAAGUCGCGCCCAGUCUCAGUCAUGUCCGUGAGCCCUGACAGCCCCGGUGGCGACAGUGGCGCAGCCCCACCGAUUCCCGCUCGCAACCGGCGCCAGAGCGAGGUGGGCGGCAGCAGCCCGCCCGUGUUUGGCCACGGCACCCCUCCGUCUCUUCCCCCCAAGGUCGGCAUGCCUCUGACAAUUGGCAGCCCAUCGCUGUCGCACGGCUUUGGCGCGGGCCCCAACAGCCCUGGCCCUAACAGCCCCGGCGGCGGUUUCAACUCGAAUUCGUUGAAGAACAAGGCUCCACCGCCAUUGCCCCCGAAGGCUGGCGUUCCUGGGCUGAGCACCUCACCCAGCAAUUCCAGCCCCGGCGUCCCUCCGAUCAAAUCGCGUCCUCUGCCCACCCCGCCGUCCUAAACUAAUUCUUGGUUUGAUGUUGUUGAUGUUUUUUUUGCAAGCUCUGGCUUGCUUUUUUUUGUUUGUUUGUUGUUGUUCGGCGUGCUGUUUCUUCUUUUCUUUUCGUUGCAACUCUGCUUGUUUUUUGUACUCGGAUCGUAUUCCUGCGUUUCCCCGAUCUUUUUUUCUGCUCGUACACGUGUCGUGUCAAGAUUUUUUUUUUCGUUCCCUUCUGUUGAUUUGAUUUUUUUUUUCGGUGCUUCUUGUUCUUCCAGUCGUCGCCAGCUGUCUUUUUUGACGAUUCCCCCCUCUCUGUGUUGUCUUUCUUCUUUGCGUGCUGCUGUGUUGCGCGAUGCCGAUUGCUUGUAGUCGUCGUUGUCGGUGUGCGUUAUUGUGUUUUCAAAAUGAACGAUACCUCUUCCCACCUC